AUUUGUCGUGGCGUCGGCCGCGACGGUUGUAAUGACGCAACCGUUUGAUUUUUUCUAUUAAAUCGUGAUAACACAAUUAAUUUUUUUGAUGAGUUACUUGGAUGGGUUACAAGGCUGUUGGUUAAGAUGUCGAUGCGAUGGUAUUGAGAAAAUUUAAAAGGCACACGGCCGUUUGUGCUGUCGUCGACGUGCUGUUACUUGCCGUCGCCGUGCACAGCCUCUGCACGCAUGUUCAUCCGAAACAUGAUCAGGUCCUUCACGGUGUUUACAUAGAGCCCGAGCAUGUUAUGAAGAAAAGAAGCGUCGAUCAACCUCUAAGAAUAUUGCUUUGGUACGAUCAUAGUGUUUAUAGAUUAGAUGGCGAAAAAUUUGAUUUAAUUAACAAUACAAUUUUACCUCGCGCUGUAAGUUUUUGGGAAGAAGCACUUUACGUACGUAAAGUAGAAGAUGUUAUAUUAUUAACGAGAAAAUGUAACGAUUCGAAUGUAUUCGUAAAAAACAAUUUAACACAUUGCAUUGAUGCUUGCAAAGAGAAGACAAUGUGCGGUGAAGUAGAACUUCCCGAACAUCAUUUGGACGCAUGUAGGACUUGUAACGCUUCUGCUCAAGAUUGCACCAAUACGACUUCCGCUGGUAAAGGUAUCACAGGUUACGAUUUCGUCUUUUACGUUUCUGCGAUGCAAACGGACAGGUGCAAUAAAUCCUUAACUGUUGCAUACGCGGCGCACUGUCAACAAGAAAUGGGAUUAGAUCGGCCAAUCGCUGGACAUGCGAAUUUAUGCCCGAAAAGUAUAAGUACAAAAGAGCAAGAACUAGAAACGCUCCUUUCGACUGUAAAGCAUGAAAUACUUCAUGCACUAGGUUUUUCGGUGAGUUUGUUUGGUUUUUAUCGAGAUAGCAAAGGAAACCCGCUAACGCCUCGAAGACCUGAAACUGGAAAACCAGCACUGAAUGAAAAAUAUCAAACUUAUGAAUGGAGUGAUAAAGUAAUAAAAACGUUCGAAAGGAAAAAUUGGUUUGUGCGAUCUGGUAUGAGGAAACGAACCGUGCAAAUGGUGGUUACCCCGAAUGUUGUUCGCGAAGUACGCCGAUACUUUAAUUGUAAUGAAUUGGAAGGUGCCGAAUUAGAAGAUCAAGGCGAAGAAGGUACAGCUUUAACGCAUUGGGAAAAACGCGUAUUCGAGAACGAAGCUAUGACUGGAACUCACACUCAACACCCAAUCAUUUCCAACGUAACCUUGGCUCUUAUGGAAGAUACAGGCUGGUACAGAGCAAAUUACGCCAUGGCUGAACCUAUGUCGUGGGGUAAAGGCCUCGGUUGCGACUUCGUAAUGAAAAGUUGCAAAGAAUGGAUCAGCACUAAAACCGCCAGAGGGUUAUCAAUUCAUCCGUUUUGUAACAAAAUUAAAAAAGAUCCACUUCAAACCGAAUGCACAGAUGAUCGAACUUCCGUCGCUUUGUGCAAUUUAGUCAAGCAUGAUCAUUUAUUACCCGAAAUUUACCAAAAUUUUGAUUCACUCAAUUAUGUUUUACAAGGUUCCGAAGGAUAUUAUGGCGGAUCUGUUUCAUUAGCUGAUUAUUGUCCUUAUAUUCAAGAAUUUACGUGGAGCUCGAAAAAUGUUAUUGUAAGAGGUUCUAAUUGUCAAUAUUUAGAUAAUAAUCCAAAACCAGAUAAAAAUUUUGCAUUAGAAGAUUAUGGAAACCACUCAAAAUGUUUUGAUCAUACAAAUCAAAUGUGGGAGGAACGCUCUUGCAAACAAAUGCGUCAAUGGCAACAUUGGGGUUCAGGUUGCUACUCUUACAAGUGUGAAAACGGCCGAUUACACAUUUUAGUGGGAAAUUAUACCUACACUUGUUACCAUCCUUUUCAAGAAAUUUCCAUUCGUAUUCUCAAGGACGGUUGGUUACAUAAAGGAGCCAUCGUUUGUCCCUCGUGUAAAGAUAUGUGUGAGGAGGAGUUUUUGAUGAAAGGUCAAAGUUGUAAGUUAAGAGAAGAGUCGCCACCAUCGACGGCGUAUCCAAGAGAUGAAUUGCAGUGCAGUGCCAUAGGUGUAUACGUAAAUUUGAUGCUAUUUUUGCUAUCGACGAUGAUUCCUGCUUUAUACUCUUUAAGAUGACCGAGAAAUGUCUUUUUUUCGCCAAUUCCAAUUAAUUAAUCAUUUUCAUUCCUUUUAUUCAUUCCUUUUACCACAUUCCGUGAGGCGGCCAAUAACCAGCCUUUUUUGCGAUUAAUGUCAAUCAAUUUUCGUGAUUCGAAUUAUUACGAACUAUGUAUAUUUUAUUUUGUUUUAUUAUAGAGCGAUUUGUACAGUAUUAUUUCUUUUAUAAAUAAAGAAUUAUAU